AUGGCGCCUGGCGCGCCGCGCUCUCAUUGGCCGCCCGGCCCGAGGGCCCGCCCCCCGCGCGCUGCUAUUGGCCAGGGCGCCCCGGCGCUCGUUCGCCGCCAUCUUGCGGCGCGUUGCGACACGGGGGCCGCGAUGGCAACGGGCGCGGGGCCGGCUGCGCUUACGGCAGAAGCGGCCGGGCCGGGCCGGGGCGCGGCCGCCGCGGGCUCCGGGCCCCCCGCGCCCCCCGCCGCCCUCAUCGGCCUCCAGCCGCCCUUCGGCGAGCAAGACGAGGAUGACGUGCACAAGUGCGGGCGCUGCCAGUCGGAGUUCAGCUCCCUGCAGGAGUUCGUGCAGCACAAGCUGCAGAAGGGCUGCCAGCGCCCUCCCGACCCGCUCGCCGGGCUCCUGGGCCACGAAGGACAAAAGGUGGUUCCUGCUGUCGAGGAGUCCAUCACUGUUGCUCACAUUGUUGUCGAAGCAUCUUCCAUAGCAGAGGAGAUCAGCGACGCCUCGGCCAUCGUAGGCAGUGGGCACAUCAAAGAGGUCAUUGUAGCAGGGGACCAUGUGUUUGAGAACCCGAAUGGCCACGUGGAUGGGGAGGUCAGUGAGGAGCAGGACGCUUCCAGCGAGCUGACCAAGGUCAAGCUGCAGGUGAACAAGGAGGGGCGAUACGUGUGUGAGCUGUGCCAGAAGACCUUUAAAACUGCCAGCAUCCUCAAAGCUCACAUGAUCACCCACAGCAGCAAGAAGGACUAUGAGUGUAAACUCUGUGGGACUUCCUUUAGGACAAAGGGGUCUCUGAUCCGGCACCAUCGGCGGCACACGGAUGAAAGACCUUACACAUGCAAGAAAUGUGGGAAAAGCUUCCGGGAAUCGGGAGCUUUGACUCGGCACCUUAAAUCUCUGACACCUUGCACUGAAAAAAUCCGCUUCAACAUGACCAAAGAAAUAGUUGUCAACAAAGAUGAUCUGCCACCAGGACCCUGCAGCUCCACCGCAGACACAGUGUCCUCCAUAGCGAGCGAAUCCAUCGAGGCCUCCCCUGUCAUCCACUUCGUGACAGAUGCAAAAGGCAACGUGCUCCAUGAGGUCCAUGUGCAGAUGCAGGGACUGCCCAUGGUGGAUGCAAAGCCCCUGGAGGCAGAUCAGCCGCAUCCCAAGGAGCUGCCCUGCGAGGGGGAAGUGAACAGUGAGAACCUGCUGAGGCAGGCCAUGAGGAAUUCGGGGAUUGUCAUCGAGAGGGUGGCUCUGGAGGAGGUGCCGAAGCCGGAUGAACCUGUGGCAGCAGCUCCAGAAGAGCUGGAGAACAAAGGGAUGGAAGUAGAAGAGGAGCCGUGUGUGGAGCAGUGUGUUAAACUGGAAGGAGCAGAGUCUACACCUGCAGAAGGAACCAACGGGUACAAACGUUACGUUUGCUCUCACUGUAAUGAAGCCUUCAAUGAAGUUGCUGCCCUGGAAGCUCACAGCAAAAGUCACACAGAGUACAAACCUUUCAAGUGCGAGGAGUGUGGCAAGGAGUUCACCAAGGGCUACCUGCUGAAGAAGCACCAGGAGGUGCACGUGAACGAGCGGCGCUUCCGCUGCGGGGAGUGUGGCAAGCUCUACAAAACCAUCGCCCACGUCAAGGGGCACCGGCGCGUGCACUCGGACGAGCGGCCCUACGCCUGCCCCAAGUGCGGCAAGCGCUACAAGACAAAGAACGCCCAGCAGGUGCAUUUCCGUACCCACCUGGAGGACAAGCCCUACGUGUGCCAGUACUGCAGCCGGGGCUUCCGGGAGAAGGGCUCCCUGGUGCGCCACAUCCGCCACCACACCGGCGAGAAGCCCUUCAAGUGCUACAAGUGCGGCCGCGGCUUCGCCGAGCACGGCACCCUCAACAGGCACCUCAGAACCAAAGGUGGCUGCCUCCUUGCUAUGAAGGAGGUGGAAGAAGUGAUGGUGUCAGAGGAGAGUCAGUCUGCUGACAACUUGGCAGCCACAGUCCUUUCAGAAGACCCGCACACGGUUCUGGUGGAGUUCUCCUCAGUGGUGGCAGACACCCAGGAGUACAUCAUCGAGACUUCUACCGAAGACAUGGAGACCAGUGAAGCUACUGAAAUAAUAGAGGGAACAAGACAUGAGGUGGACAGCCACAUCAUGAAGGUGGUGCAGCAGAUCGUGAACCAGGCCAACUCGGGCCACCAGAUCAUCGUGCAGAACGUGACGGUGGCCGAGGGCGGCGCGGGCGCCGACGCCGCCGACACCAUCACCAUCGCCACCCCCGAGAGCCUCACCGAGCAGGUGGCCAUGACCCUGGCCUCGGCCAUCGGCGACGGCGCCGUGCUGGCCACCGACGGCGGCCUGGCCGCGCAGGAGGCCACCGUCACCAUGGUGGCGUCUGAGGACAUCGAGAUCAUGGAGCACACCGGCGAGUUCGUCAUCGCCUCGCAGGAGGGGGACGUGGAGGUGCAGACUGUGAUUGUGUGAGGGGUGGGAGUGCUCUCCUGGGCGCUGGGCCUGCCCACGCAGCCAGGGGACACUCAUGGGGCAGCGCAGGUCUGAAACGGGAUAGCACAGGUCUAAAAUGGGAUAGUGCAGGUCUAAAAUGGGAUAGGACAGGGCAGGUCCGAGGUGUUCUCAGUCUAAAACCAAUUCCAGGAGUUAAAGCCUUGGCCUGGUCACCCUGAGGAGACUGACAGGUCACAAGUGGCACUCAGUAUUCUGUACAGCAGCCUCGAAUGAAGGAAGAUCCUUUGGGAAUCAGCCCACUCUGCCCACCACUGGGACGGCAGUGGUCUGGCUUUUAAAAGGAUUCAGAAAGUGUAGCAAGUAUGUGGGGUCUCACAAGGGAUUUUUUUCAAUAUAUGCAUUUAAAACAAGUUGAGAAAACCAAACCUAAGGAGUUGUGGUGUGUGUUGAGCACCACGGAAACACUCUCAUGCCUUUAACCUCACUCCUUCAGGCCUCCCAAGGCACGGUACUGCAGUAUUUCUCCUUUCUUUGGUAUCCUGGACAAGUAGCCUUAUGUACUGGUCUGUGAAUGCAUCAUUGUACCCUGCAAUGCCAGCCAGGCUGCUCUGAGAGCCAGCCUGGGGGCUGGAAAGCCAUAUUGUAUAGGAAUUUGGUUUUUUUUAAACCGUAUUUGGAUUUUUAAUUGCAUAUUGUACAGAUUUGGCAUGUAAAUAAAUACAUUUUUAAAAAUAAAGUUAUUUAAAGUUCUUACUACA